AUUUACGCACAAUAUUUGAUUUGCGGAGUAUGCGCAAAAGUUUCUGCGCAAAUACUACUUAUCUUACUUGUAUUUACGUUUAUAUUAUAUGAGAAUGUAUUAAGCUUACGUCUGUACGCAAUGUAGAUACGCAAUGCGAACAGAAUUAGUUGAUGGAAGCGUUGUUUUUGUUAAAUUUCGUGAUAAGUCCAUAAAAUAAUGAGUAUAUCGACCUCGACAAAUGUGAACCAUAGUGGACAUUCUCAUAGUGGAGAAGCUUUCUUAAAUAUUCCAGUUGAAUCCUCAAAUUUAGAUGCUUUAGCGACGAAACGGAGGAGUUCAUCGCGUACAAUAAAACGCAGAAAAUUUGAUGAUGAAUUGGUGGAAACAACAUUUAACCUUCAACCUUCUACUGCAAGCACAAAAUCAGCAUCAAGGACUAGGACUUUAUCGGUAUCUGCUAAUCCACAGGAUGUCUUGCCAUCACAAAUUCUUGCAAGUCCUAUGCAAAUGCCACCAAACGUGACACAAAAUGAUAGAUGUAAUCGUAGGCCUCCUAGGCCAAGCGGUUCAAAUGGAUCUGGAAGAAAGAGUAAGAAGAACAAAAGUCAUUCACAUUCAGUGAAUGCUACAAAAGAUCUUGGUCGAUGGAAGCCUACUGAUGACCUAGCUUUAAUAACUGGUGUACAACAAACAAAUGAUUUACGAAUGGUACAUCGUGGUACAAAAUUUUCAUGUCGAUUUACACUUCAAGAAAUUCAGCAAAGAUGGUAUGCUUUAUUAUAUGAUAGUGCAGUUUCUCGUGUCGCAGUCCAAGCUAUGAGGAAUUUACAUCCUGAAUUAAUUGCUAGUGUGCAAGCAAGAACUUUAUAUAGCAAAGCUGAAGAAGAUCUUCUUGGUACUGUUAAAUCAACUUCUCAACCAACAUUAGAAGUUUUUCAAGAACUUCUUGAAGCAAAUGCGCAUACAUUUUAUCCACAUAGAACAGCUAAAGCAUUACUUGCUCACUGGCAAUUGAUGAAGCAAUACCAUUUAUUGCCAGAUCAAACAGUUCAAAGUUUACCUAGAGGUGAACAUGUAUUAAACUUUUCUGAUGCUGAAGAUAUGAUUGCUGAUGCAGAAUUAAUGGAGCAGAAAGAUGAAGCGGUAGAUAUCGAACUUGUAACAUUGGAUAGGAAAAAUAAAAGAGAAAUUAGAAUGUUAGAGAAUGAACUUGGAAGAUGGCAAGUUCUUGUUGACAGUGUAACAGGUGUUAAUCCACCAGAUUUUGACAAUCAGACGUUAGCGAUACUCAGAGGUCGACUUGUCAGAUAUCUUAUGAGAUCUCGAGAGAUAACUGUGGGACGAUCUACGAAGGACCAUAAUGUCGACGUGGAUUUGAGUUUAGAAGGACCAGCAUGGAAAGUAUCUCGUAGACAAGGUACAAUUCGUUUAAGAAAUAAUGGUGAUUUCUUUUUAUCUUCUGAAGGAAAAAGACCAAUUUUUGUGGAUAGUAGACCGAUUCUUGCUGGAAAUAAAAUAAAAUUGAACAAUAACAGUGUAAUUGAGAUAGCAGGGCUGAGAUUCAUAUUUUUAAUAAAUCAAGAACUCAUUUCUGUAAUUCGCCAGGAAGCUGUUAAACUCAAUUUAAAUCCUUAAGUUAUAUAUAAAGUGUGUGACCAAGAAUAAUGCAUUGAAUACUCUUACAAUUAUUUUUAAAAUUGAAAUAUGUGAAUUUUAAUUUGUAAUAUUUGACAUUUAUUAUUGUAUUAUUUCUAGUACAAAUUUAUAAUUAUGAUUGCGUUCUUCGUGUUAGGGUAAAAUGUAAAUUGCCAAUGUGAAAAAACUGACUACGUAGUAUACAAUCUGGAAAAUUAUAUUUCACUCUUACACGUUGAAUUGUAUAUCUGACAAACCGUGCCAAUGUAUGGACAAUUGUAUAUUUUCUUUUAUUUUUCAUUAUUAAUUAGAGGUACAAUAUAUCUUGUACAGAAGCAGUUAUAUAGCCGUAGUAUAUAAUGUUAGUGCUUUAUAAUAAAGGGCACAAAAAGA